GGAGGUUGCGAGGCUGCGCCCGCACUCAAGAUGGCCGCCCGCCUCCAGUCUCUCAGGUGGGCUUUGACGUCAUAGGGCAGCCGGUUAAGAUGGCGGCUGCUUGCCUGCGGCCCCGGCGGGGUUUGCCCUCGGCCAACAUGGCUGACGCUCCCCUAUUGCUUCCGACAGCAGUGAAGCCAGUUUGCCCUCAGUCAAGAUGGCGGCGCCCAGGCAGCGGCGGAGCGUGGCGGCGCGGCGGCUGUGAGCUCAUAAUCAUCACUGCUAUUAUGUCCUGGGUACAAGUUGCAGUCAGCCGAUCCAGUGAGGAUAUAUUUGAUGAAGAUGCAGAUGAGAUGUAUCUACUACAGAAAGAAUGGAACAGCACCAUGAAAAAAAGAUUGACGGAAGGCUAUAGGGAUGGAAUUGAGGCUGGGAAAGAACUUGGACUCCAGGAAGGCUUUAAUCAAGGUUACAGACACGGUGCUGAGCUGAUGGUUACAUGUGGCCAGUUCAAAGGAACCCUUAAUGCUCUUUUAUCCUGGUGUCAUUCUAAUGGAUGUGAUUCUGCUUUAAGUAAGAUAAAUAAUCUUCUUGAUGUGGUUGGAAAGCAUGAAGAAGAUGUGCUUAAGUAUCUGAACUCUACUGACCAACAUCCACAUCUCGGACACGUUUUAGAUUCUGUUCAGGACAUGGACCUUAAUGACACAGCUCCAUCUGGGACAGUGUACAGUGAAGUUAAAGCUGGAAAACACGAAGAUGUUGACAGCUCUGGUGGAAACAUUUGCGGAAAUAAUGGUGAGAUUGGUUCCUUGCAGUCUGAGUGCAGCAAGGCAAAACUCUGCACAGAUCCUGAAAGGACAACCCUUGCUUGGGUUAAAAAGCAGACUAUUUGGCUAGUAGAACAACUGGGCUUAUCACUGGAUAUACUCCAUCACAUCCAGCAACUGGAACAUUAAUUUUUCAGUCUCAGGGUAUUUAAAAUUAUCUCAGCUGGAUCUGAUUCUCAGUUUGUGGACUAUGUAUAGGCAUCACUUUGUUUUGGGAAAAUCUGAUUUUGAUACUUCCCAGCAGAGGUAACUUCUGUAAAUUUUCACCAUGCUUUGGCUCCUGGAAAAAAAACCCUUUUGCUUUCAAUCUUAAACAUAACUUUCACAGAAAGGGAAAAUUACUUUUAAAGCUCUACAAAGGUUUACUAAACAUGUUUCUGUUCUGUGUCAGAAGCUAUCACUUUCUCUUUUGGCAGCAGUUUGGAAAUGGAGCAGGUCCCUUAAAUAGCUCCUCCAAAUAGGUCCCCUAUAAUAUCUAAAAAUUUAAAGCCCCGUGCUAUGGACAAUCUGUUCUUGCAGAAUAAGGUGCUGCUGCUGCUAUGCUAACUCUGUGCAAAAUAGAACAGGAUUUGCUGCUGACUUCUAGAGUGCUGUGACUCUCUCUAGUCACUAUAUAAAAUACAGGAAUUUUUCACCUUUUGUCAAAUUCUUCCUCUUUUGUAACCACUAUGCAGUGCACUUUCACAGUUAAAACCUCUUUUUUUCCUUCUCAUACAGUUCUCUUUAUUUCCCUUCUGCUGAAAAUGCACCAUUCCCUUCAAAUGCAGAAUUACUGACGAUUCCACUGUUUUACUUUUAGACCAUCUACUCUUACCUGUUAGAGCACACUGAACACGUUUCCAGUCUAAUGAACUUCCUUUUGUUAUUUAUGUAUUUAUUUUUCCUGUCCCUCUAGCCUGAACUCUUUCUCUCAUUCCCAUAGUGAUUUUUCCAAACUCUUCAAGGAAGCCAGGCUUAUUCACCUUCCCUUAGAAACACGUUGUCAGCCACACAUGCAUUUUUCUGACAACUUUAUAUUUCUCUGCCAACAUUCUAUAUUUGACUUCUUUUUGUGAUGCUUGUCUUAACUGUAGCUGCAAAUUACUCUGAUCACAAAGUCUUUUCUUUGUGAAUGCCUCUCUAUCUGUGUUUUACACUAAUUAAACUGAUUUACACUAAGUUAGGAGUUUACUUGUUUUAAGUUGCUUGUAACUUUCCCUCAUAUCUGAGAUAAAGCAGGUCUAGACAAACAAACACAUUUUCAACAGCCAACUUUAAAGAAAAAAAAAAAAAGUUUAAAUCACAAAACAGUUUUCUACUUUGGGACCAGAAAAAAGCUAUGGUAAAAGUUACUUGAUUUUCAGAGACUGAGUUUACAGUGUUCUUACUAAAGACUAUUACCUUGGCAUGGAGUUGGUAGACUCUUUAAAUCUGGCUGCUGUUCAGUACCAGUUCUGCAUUAGGGGAAAACAGAACUGCAGUUAAGUUGAACCUGUUUCUGAAAUAGUGGGCAAAUAGGCUGUCUGCAUUAAUUAACUAUGUACAAAAUUGUUCAAACAACUUUCUUUUUCUCAGUUUAUUUAACAUAAUGUUGACAUGGGUAGACAUUAAUUUUUUACAAGUGCAUGUGUUAUGUUAUAGCCUGUAUCACAUAUGUUAAACAAAUUUUUUCCAUACUGUGGUAGAAUACGGUGCAGACAAAAAUAAAGGUUACUAGAGCACUGUUAGACUUUCCAAAUUUGGAAGUUUGAAAAUGCAAAUUCAAGAGUCUUCUUACAUAUUUAAUAGUGUGCAAAGAGGAAACUCCAUUCACAAAUUACUAAGUAGACAGUGAGCUUGCCAAUUUGUCUCCAACUACUGCAAAAGCAAUCUACGCCAGGGGAAAUACUACUUUCUUGUUUGAUUAUCAAACAACAUAUUGUGUGUUUUACUUAUCUAUCAUAACAGCUUCCGUACUAGCUGUGGAAUUACUUUCCUCCACUCAGCACAAAGUUUGUGCUUCCUGUGGGUUACUUUUUUCCACAUUAUCACCCAGAGUUUCCAGUUCAGCUGUGGAGAGAGAUUCUUUUGGGCUACCUAUAAUACUUGGCUUAUCUGUCACUACCAAAUCUUGCUGACCAGCCACAGAAGGACUUUCUUCAAGUCUAUUAGAAUCCAUAAUUUGCUCACGUGGUGCUUCAGGUUUUUCUCUUGUGUCUGCUUCUGCUUCUUGUGUUUCACUAUCAGCUUUCACCUUGGCAGCGUUCCUGAAAAUAGCUCUCAUGACAACAGGGACUGACAUACAGCUGAAGGAGGAAAUGAAACAUUAGUCAACUACUACAGACUUCAUCCAUUCUUCAACAUACUUAUUUUCUUAAACAGUGUCUGACACCAGAUGAUACCUGUAAUGAAAAAUAGCUCUACCUUCUUGCAUCUUUUUGCCUUGAACAACCUAGCAAGCAUUACAUUGUAACUACAGGAUAACUACCUAUGUUAGACCAGAAACAUGGUGAUACAAUGAAAUCAGGUGUUGGGUCUUUGAGCUUGGCUGGGCAAAGAAGCUUUGAUAGAAGGAGUGGGAGGGUUUGGUCUAAAAAAAAAAAAAGUCACAAGGGUGCUUUUAAUGAGAACCCAAACUAAUAUUAUUGAAAUAUAUUAAUUCUUGCUGAGUUUUAUAAUUAUAAAACUUUCACGUUUUGUGUAAGACAAAUGCAGACCACAUCUUCUCUAAAACACUGUCUAAAGGAGGUUUUUUUCCACUCUGACAAUAGAAUUACCUGGUUCUGGGAAUAGUAUCUAGUAUCCUGUGAUUUACGACAGGGCAGACUAAUUAAACAGGUUCAGGAUCCAGCUUGCAUUGAUCUUGCUGUCAUCAAAUAGAUAAUGGUUGUGUACUAGCUUGUGCCAAAUUAAUUAGUGCUCUCAGUACUUUCUCGAGCGUAUGUUCAUGUAUCACAGCAACUUACCUCUCUUGGAAUUUGUCUCAGAAAACAAGCCAUAUAUAAUAUGCCACACUUUCUGAAAAGCACUGAUUGGUAUUAGAUGUGGAAAAAGUCUCUUCCAUGCUAUUCUAAUUAGACUAGUCAUGAGACUUGUCAUCAGCUAGAGUCUUCAGAAAAGCAUGUUUACAAAAGAAAAAAGCAUCUUUGUAAAAGAUAAAACUCUCUUCAUUCAAAAGUAUCUCCCUACCCCACAUGCUUUCAGUAGAAAGAAACACCCUCCAUCACUAUUAAUGUUUAAAAUUUUCAGAAGAGAUACUGAAGACUAAAGUGACUUAUUCUCACUAUUAUAACUUUUUAGAGAGUGAUGUUUUCUGGUUGCUGAGUUUAUGGCAUUAUGAAUGCACAUGAUAUUUCCAUGAAAUGGACAUCUGAGGUUCAUUCCAACUGUUAUGAAAUAAAACAGAAUUACUUACCGCUU